GCAAUCACAUCUGGUAUUGUGAUAUCAACCUUCGCUAUUCUUCCAUCGCCAACAUGGUCAAUUUUGUCAUGGAUAAUCGCUGUGAUGCUGUUCACUGUCUUUUUUAUUGCUGGUUUGAAAGUGAAAUAUGAUUUGACAAAGUACUGGAAUGUUGUCACCUUUUAUGCAUUAAUCAUGAUCUGUUUGGGUUUUGUAAUUUCAGUUCUACUGAAUGAACUGAAAACUGGUCAG